AUGUCGCAGCCUUCGUUGAAGAGUCCGUUGAGCCAGGACAGCCAUUCGGCCUCGUUUAAAGAAGUCCGCUUCUCGCACCCUCUCGUUCCUGUACGCCGUGCACGAUCUGUUGCGUCCAGCAACCCCUACCUAGAUUCAGCCUUUCAAGCCGCUCGGGCAGCCAACAAAGCAGCGAAAGAGAAUACAUACAGAGAACUGAGUGUUUAUGUCGACCAGUCCCGAUCGCUAUUGGAAAGCCAGCGAUUACAUUUCGAACGUGAGCGAUUAUUAUUCUCGGAGGAACGAAAGCUAUGGGAAAUGGAACGGUCAUUGCUCAAAUCGAGGAUUGCAGAGCUGGAAGCCGCGGCGGGGGGAAACAAUGUUCGAUCGUAUUCGAAUCAUUUCCGAUCAAGUUUCAGUCUCAAGAGCGGCGGAGUAAGCAAAACCGGCUUAUGGGAAUCGAACGGAUCUUCGAAUGCAAGUAGAGAUACACAAGAACACCAUGUCUGGGAAGGACCUCUACCAGGAUCACGCCGGCCAACCCGUGUUUUCCCUGGAGAAGAUGAUUUUGAUGUGCAGUCGACAUUGUUUUUGGCUCCAACUGAAGCGAAUGGUUUCGGUUUUAGUGCUUCACUCGACGCCGCACUUUCACCCCAGCUGUUUGAUCGAACGGGCCGUAUCAGCAUGCCAGUUCCUAUUGAGAAAGUCGAUAGUCAACUCGAUGGAAUUACCUUGAAGUCGACAGCGCUUCCGCCAGAUGUGGUUGCCAAGGUUAUGACACCUCCAACCUCCAUUUCUCCAACAUCAUCACCCCCGAAAGACGAACCUGAUGCACCUAAACCGGGAACUGAUGGGAAGUCACCUCUCAAACUAAAAUUGUCUGAUCUUGGGCCGCCCGACGAAAAUCUUGUUAGAAACGCAGGCCACACGCCGAUGGCAAUCCUUGGCACAGAAACCGAAGCCAGCAAUCUAUCGCCAAAUGAAAUGACGUUAGGAGAGGCAGAGAUGGAGGAAGAAGAAGCCCCAUUAGCACCUGUCGUGACAAAGCAACCGGUGGAAAAUGGAGAUUCUUACUUUCCCGUCAUGGAGGUUGAUGAGGAUCCAGCCUUGCAGGGACCUCUCACAUUAGAAAACAACGAAGGAGCCGACAGCGCUUUUCUCUUACAGCUAGACCAGAAGCUCCUUGAUGAAGCUAAGAAAGUGAUUGGAAGGUCAUUCGCUACGGAAGAAGAAGUGGAUUCGGAGGAUGACACCGCAGGCGGCGACAACGAACCAGAUUUCGAGUUGAAGCUGAAGCCUUCGACUAAUUUUGGCACUGCUUUUGGACAGUGCUGA